AGAUGCCCCAGGCUGCCCCCUGCCCUACCCACCCUGCCCCAGACAGAGGCCUCCUCGCUGGGGAGAGACGUGGCCAGUCCUGGGUGUCUGGAGGUCUGGGCUCUGGAGGGGAUGACUCUACUCAGCGACAUGGCCUCACUAGAGAUGGAUCGGAUACAGCUGGAGCAGGGUGAGGUGUUGUGUGGUCUUGACCGCCUGUUAGAGGCAGGUAGAAAGGUGUUGCUGGAGGCCAUUGAGAGCCAGUCUCACAUCAACCUCCCCAGACAACUACACCCCAGCAAGACCUACAGCUGGAGGAUGAGGACAGACCCACAAGAGCAGCUCUUCAGUAAGCUGUGUGUGGAGGUGUGUGAUGGAGGGGAGUCUCAGCAUCGGAUGAGAUUAGCGGAGCUACAGAGGCAGUACAAGGACAAACAGAGACAACUGGACCGGCUGCAGAGGCGCUCUGACACCCAAGAGGUUCAGCAGCAGGAGGAGGAGAGGCGGAGUCUAACCAGACGUGGGCGGGGCCGACCGAGGAAGAGGAAACGUGUAGCGACGCCCCCUGGCAAGAUGGAGUCCCGGACAGGGAAGCCGGGCAGGACAGUGCGGUACUCUGAGGUGGGGGAUGGAGGGAGGAAGAGGUUCCACUGUUCCAGAGGAGAGGAUGAUGAGUUGGAGGGAGGAAGAGGAGGAGAGAAGAGGAGUUGGCAGGAUCAGGAGCCAUCCACUAGUCACUCUCUGGAGGUCUUUAAGACUCGUCUGUGUGACCAUGAGCAACUAGCCUGUGACCUGGACAGAGCUCUCUCCCUGUCCGUACUCAGUACCAGCCGCCGGACGCCCUCUGACCCCGGCGGGAGGGAUGGAGGGGUGAUCCCCUCGUCUGGAGGGAAACAGAAGGUUGGAGGUCAGAGGAAGACGGUUUCUCCUCCUCUUCCUCACUCCUCCUCUCAACGCUCCAGCUACGACUACAACUCUGACUCUGAAGAGGAUGUCCGCCGGGGGGGCUGUCACCCCUUCUCAGGGUUGCGACCCCACACAACCCCGCCCAGGAAGAGACCGUCCCCCUCCUCGUCCAAUCAGGCGGCUCGGGAGAGGAAACAGAAGCACUUAUCCCUCCUGCUGCAGGAGGCUGGGCUUAGCUCCUCCGACGACUCCUUCGAUCAAGAGUCCUCCACUGAGGAGGACGAUGAUGAGGAAGAGUCGUCGUGCUCUGAGGGGAGUGAGCUGGAGGAGAGUGGGUUGGGCCUGCUGGCCAGGUUCGCAGCCAGCGCCCUCCCGGUCAACCCCGUCCCCCUGCCCCGUCUCCACGACAACAAACACCGUAGCAGGCAAAGCAUUCUGGGUUCUGGUUCUGGUUCUGACCUGUGUCUGAGGAAGUUCCCCUCUCUGCUCCACGGGAAACGCUCCACUCCCGAACUCCCCAUGUUACCCCCGGCAACGCGCCACGGCGACCACACGAGCAACGAGACCUCGCCGGUUAAACGCAAGCCUCGCCCAUCUCCUCGGUCGCCCCGGAGAUUCACCUUUGACCCCGCCGGGGGACUAGGGGGAGGGGCUAGCGAGGAGGAGGGAUGGACACGCAGACGCAGCGAGAGGAUUUUCCUUCAUGAUGCCUCCACCAAUCAGAUCUCUCCCUCCAGUAAAGACCCUCCAAUCAGCACUAAACCCGCCCCCAGACCUAAAACCACACCCAGGGACGGGAAAGACUGGAAGAAGAAGAGGCUGAAGGACUCUCCCCUGACCCCGCCCUCUCUGUCUAGUCCAAUCACAGAGAGCCCGGUAGCCCCAACCCUCAGCCCUGCACGCAAGAGCCAAUCAAAAGCCAAGGCUAAACCCCGAGAGGCUCGUGGAGCGGUCAGUAGGCUGAUGAAGAGUAUGGAGGCUGAUGAAGACUUCGAACCCAGUCAGGACAGCAGCUUCUCUGAAGACGAUGGUCCUCCUCCGUCACACAGCAGUCUGGCUGAGAGGACCCUGUCUGCUCCGGUCCAGUGUGUGUUGGAUAAAGACUCUCUUCAGGAUGGUCUGAGGGUUCUGAUCCCCAUGGAUGAUCAGCUGCUGUAUGCUGGACACGUCAACACGGUACACUCCCCGGACAUUUACAGCGUGGUGGUGGAGGGGGAGAGAGGGAACAGACCUCAUAUCUACUGUCUAGAACAACUCCUGCAGGAGGCUAUUGUGGAUGUGAUGCCUCCAUCAGUCUGGUAUCUUCCUGAAGGCUGUCGUGUUGCUGCAUACUGGAGCCAGCAGUACCACUGUCUCUACCCCGGCACCGUAGUCAACGGAAGUUCAGACGGUGAUGACAGUGAUGACCUCAUCACGGUGGAGUUUGAUGACGGUGACACGGGUCGCACCCUCUCCCACAUCAGACUGCUGCCGCCUGACUACAAGAUACAGUGUGCUGAGCCCUCCCCCGCGCUGCUAGUGGCCAGCUGCUCCAGGAGGCGUGUCAGGAAGUGCAGCAAGGACACCAGUGAGACGACGCCUAAAACAGGGGACUCCGCCCCCAAGGGCGGGAGACCUGCCAAGAAACCCAAACCCAAACCUGAGCCCCCAGUGAGCCCAGACCCCCGGGAGACGAUACCCCCCCCGGGACCCAGCCAGGCUCCAGACAGACCUCAGCUCCCCACCAGACCAGCCCAGGACAGGCCCUCCUCCUCCCAGAGGCCUGCUCAGGAAAGACCCCUGUCUGCCCCCAGGCCGGGACCAGGCCGACCCUCCAAGCCCACCAGCACACCCAGCCUGCCUGCCACCCCACGCAGCCAGAACCCUAGGAGACCCAGCCCAGCCUCUCCCAAGCCCCCCUCCCUCUACCACCCAGCUCCUUAUGGGAAGAUACUAAGGGUGGACCUGUACAGCCAACCCAACCUCACCUCUUGUAACGUCAGCACCCAACCGAACCCUAAAACCAACCCUAAGUCCAAACUCUCCCCUCCACUACUUAAACCCAACUCUACUUCCCCUAUCAUCAGACCCAAGCCUCUUCUACCUAACCCUAAAACUAACCUUACCUCCGUACCAAAAUCCAAACCUAGACCUAACUCUACAGCAGAACUCCCAGAAGUCCCUGCAGCUAACUUUAGUCCUGAUCACAACAUACCCAGAACCGCUCCCAAAGCAAUCUCCAGACCCAAACAGAACCAUAACAAACCCAGGCUCACCCUGGAUCCUUCUACCAGGCCCAGAACCAGCCCUGGGUCCAGCUCCAGUACCUCCAAACCUAGAACCAGCCCCGGGCCCAGCUCCAGCACCUCUAAAACCAGAACCAGCCCUGGGCCCAGCUCCAGUACCUCUAAACCCAGAACCAGCCCUGGGUCCAGCUCUAGUACCUCUAAACCCAGCCCCGGGCCCAGCUCCAGUACCUCUAAACCCAGAACCAGCCCUCUGCCCAGCUCCAGUACCUCUAAACCCAGACCCAGCUCAGACCUCUCUGCUGUCAGAUCCAGACCGGACCCUAGCACCUUUAUUCCAGGUAUCUCCAGACCCAGGCAUGUCCCGGGGGAGGGCGGGGUGGGAGGGCAGGGCGGGGUGCGACAUGGGCGUAAGGCCCUCCUAGAGGAACCCCUAGUAAAGCUGGACCACGAGGGCGUGACCUCACCCAAGACCAAGAAGACCAAGGCUCUGAUGCUGCUGGAGGCCAGGGGCUUACGGCAAGACCACACACCCCUCUCCACGGCCGCAGCCAGCCAGAAGCCGGCGAGGGUAAAGGGGAGGGCUCCGGAGAGCGAAGCGGGGCUGCUGGAGGCCAAGGGCUUACGGCAAGAACACACACCCCUCGCCACGGCCGCAGCCAGCCAGAAGCCGGCGAGGGUAAAGGGGAGGGCUCCGGAGAGCGAGGUGGGGCUGCUGGAGGCCAAGGGCUUACGGCAAGAACACACACCCCUCGCCACGGCCGCAGCCAGCCAGAAGCCGGCGAGGGUAAAGGGGAGGGCUCCGGAGAGCGAGGCGGGGCUGCUGGGGAGAGAACCCGCCUACAGAACGCCUUCUCUGGGCAGAGAAAGAGACCGGGGUGGAGGGGGGGACAGAGAACCAAAGAGAGAGGAGAGAACGAAACAAGGGGAAGAGAAGAGAGGGGAGGAGACAGGGGGGUCUCACGGCAGCAGUAGUUCAGGAUCUGAGGAAGAGGAGACGAGGAAGAAAACGAAGUGUAGCUCCAGCUGCUCCCACCCCUCCUCCCCAGCCUCCUCCUCCUCGUCCUCCUCUAGCACCUCCUCUUCCUCUUCCUCCUCCACUGACGAGGAGUCCUCUUGUACUUCUGACGAGGAGACCGACCCCGCUCCCCCUGCACCUCUCCCCGUCUCCCCCCCUCCAACUACCCCACAGGAGGAGGUGGAGGAAGAGAAGGAGGAAGAGGAAGAAACUAAGAAGUUGAAAAAGGCGGAAGAGGAAGAGGAGGAAGAAGUAUUAGAAGAAGAUCAAUCUCCCUCCUCUCCUCCCUCGUCUAUCUCCCCAUCCACCAAGCCAGCCAGGCCCCGGGGUCGUCCAGCCCGGCAGAAGUCCCAGGGUGGUGUGGGGUCGGUGGGCAGACCACGGCGCAGGGAGGGGGCCCACCUCCCCACCACCAAGGAGCUGGCUAAGAGACAGCGAUUACCGAGCGUAGAGAACAGACCCAAGAUCUCUGCCUUCCUGCCUGCCAGACAGCUCUGGAAGUGGUUUGGGAAUCCCACACAGAGGCGUGGUAUGAAAGGGAAGGCUAAGAAGCUGUUCUACAAGGCCAUCGUGCGGGGGAGAGAGAUGAUUGGUAUCGGGGACUGCGCCGUGUUCCUUUCGGCCGGCCGACCCAACCUGCCCUUCAUAGGGAAGAUCCAGAGCAUGUGGGAGAGCUGGGGAUCCAACAUGGUGGUCAGAGUCAACUGGUUUUAUCACCCGGAAGAGACCAACCCUGGCAAGAAACUACACGACAAGAAGAACUGGGAUCAGAUGUCUGGUCAGUCUCUUCCUUCAUCUCUGCUCUCCUCUAAUCAGAGGAAAGACUUCAUGGAGCGGGCUCUGUACCAGUCGUCCCACAGCGAUGAGAACGACGUUCAGACAGUCAGUCACAAGUGUCUAGUGGUCAGCGUGUCGGAGUACGAAACCAUGACUCUGACGCGUCGCUACGCCGACAGCCAAGACCUGUACUACCUGGCCGGGACAUACGAACCCACCACGGGUAUGAUCUACAACACGGACGGAGUCCCCAUCAUCUGAUGAACGACACGCUAACGACACGCUAACGACACCAGACCCUGACCUUGACCCGACCAACGCCAAGGUCGAUCCGGUCA